AUGUUCACCCCACCGGACUCUCCCCUUGCGCCACCCAAAAGAUCUCGAGACACGCCUUCGCCCACGCCCUCGCCCACGCCCUCGUCUCGAGCAACGACACCCACCCCACCAUCAAGACUCGCAGCGCCCUCCUCCACAUCUUCGUCUCCAUCCCCGUCCCGCUCGCCCUCGCCCUCCCCGUCAAAGCUACGCCCGCACGUGACGCACACACACAGCACGGACGCCCCCACCGCGCACGAGCGCAAGCAGCGCAUCGCGCGGCGCACGCGCCUCUCCAUGCUCCUCGUGCCCCUCGUCCUCAUCCUCAUCACGAUCACGACACACUACACCGCCCACCCGCGCGUGCUCGACCUGCUCUCCUCCGCCUCCCCAGACCCGCACCUCGCGUGGUCCGACCUCGCAGGCUGGGGGACCCACCCCGCCCACGUUCGCCGGCAGGACGCAGCCGCCUCCGAGGUCGUCUCGACCGCCGCCGGCACCAUCUCGUUCCCGUCCAGCCUAUCCAUCUCGGCCUCUUCCACGUCCGCGUCCGGGACCGCCUCUUCUGUGGCGGCCUCAUCGUCGUCUUCGGGAACGCCUGUCGCAGCUUCCGGGAUCCCGACGAUCCCAUCGACGGCCCCGGUGCUCCCGACGCCGUUUCCUCAGCCGUUCGAUUCGAUGAGCACCGAAGGCUUUUUGACCGUCGGGUGCAUGCAGUUCGUCGUCAACAUGACCCUCGACCCGCAGUUCCGGCCGUGCCGCCCGUUCUCGCUGCUGAUGGAGACCUCGAGCGCGUUUAUCAAGGCCCAGAAUAACAUCACGGCUCUGAACAUCGACGUCUGGGGGACGUGCAACACGCCCGUCGAUGCGGACCAGUGCGCGGCCACCAUGGCCAUGUACGCGUCGGAGCUCCCGAAUCAGUGUCAGGCCGAAAUCGACAACAAGAAGACAGUGGUGCUGCAGGCCUUGACCGGCCUGCAGACGUACGCGCUGUACCGCGACGUCGGGUGCCUCGCGAACAACAGCACGGGAGCGUACUGCUACGUCGAGGCCGCCGCGGCCGCGAGCCCUGCGGACCUGUACUUCUACGGGCUGGCGUGGGGCUCGGCGCUGCCCGCGGGGACGACGCCGUCGUGCUCGGUGUGCACGAAGCGGGUGAUGGCGCUGUUCGCGGAGGGGCGCGGGGGCGUGACCGGCUUGCAGGCGACGUACGACGCCGCGGCGGAGGUGGCGGCGCAGGCGUGCGGGGCGGGGUACGUGCAGCUCGCGUCGGGCGUGUCGGGCGCGGGCCCGCGGACGCGUGCGGGGACGGCUGGGGUUGGGGUUGGGGCUGGGGCGGUCGUGGCGAUCGGGCUCGGGCUGGGGCUUGGGGCUGGGGUUGGGGGCUGGUGA